CUCCCGCCAGCCGCAUUCGCCGCCGCAGCGCGACGAGGGAGCUGGAUGGUCUGAAAAGAGGAGGUGUGGGCCUCUCUGAGGAGCCCCGGCACUACCAGUGAGGCAGCAGCAUGCUGGCUCCAAAGAAAGGCCUGCUGUGCAACCUCAACCACAUCCAUCUGCAGCACAUCUCCCUGGGGCUGCACCUCUCCCGGCACCCGGAGCUCCAAGAAACCUCUGUCUCCAUGGGUGGAGAAGACCAGACUGGCUGUAGCGACUGCCCCAAGAACUGUGAGCAAGUGGAUGCCAAUUCCAACAAUCCCUCUUUGAAAUGCCGGUGUUGCGAGUCCCACACUCAGCAGCCAGUGACGUUGGGUCUCCAGAACCAGGCAGCUCAAGACGAUUUUCCCUACCUGCAUGCUGGGGAGGAGGUGGCUUCCCCUUGUGAUCCCCCUUGUGAUCUGGCUUCCUCGUCCUCCUCUGUCAGCAGCUGCUCAGAUUUCAGCUUGGAUGACUCCCCGGUCUCUGUGUACUGCAAGGUGUUCUCCAGAGAAGAGUCCCAAUCCCCUGAAAAUCAGCCCACCAUUAUUCCCAUAGAAGAUGCCCAGGAUGGCCAGCUGUUGGCUGACCGCAGUAGGAUGUGUGAUGGAAGAGACGCCAACCUCAACCCCACAGUGCUCCAGAGAUCGGAGGCCCUGGCUGGAGAGAGCCCAGACAGCCUCUGCAGCAGCACCUCACUUGACUCCCAGUGUGAUGAGACCUCUCCCAGUGCAGUGGUGCAGGAGACCACCAGCAUCUGUGCCACCCUAGACCCUAACUGCAACUCCCUCCCCAACCCUGAUGCCGCGCCUCCGGCACCGCCUGCACCAGGACGCAGACCAGGCGUGGCCUGUGAUCGGGCAUGGGAUCCCAGUCCAAGCAGCGCUCCCGAGCCACGGCCCCGGGCUGGCAGCAUCCCCCCGCCUGUGCCCCCCCGACCCCGGAGACGACUGCAGGUUCUCAAUGCACACAGAGCGGAGCAGCCGCUCCUGCCUGCGCAGCUGGAGGAGCCAAAGCCCAGCUCAGGUGACCUUUGCAGAGAUGCGGGCAAGAAGACCAUCACCUCCUUCCAUGAGCUUGCCCAGAAGAGGAAGAGGAACGCUGCUGGGCCUACUCUUGCCCAGGCCAGGCCUGACCAGAGCGACUGGCUGAUUGUAUUCUCACCUGACACAGAGCUGCCGCCCCCCAGUGAGCUCCUCUCCAGCGCCAUGGGCCAGGAGCCAGCCCAGCCCCAGCUCCAGCACGACUGGCCAGCAAAACCGCCCAGCUCCAGGCAGAGAGAGGUGACCACAUUCAAGGAGCUGCGGUACCGCAGUGCUUCCAACAAGCCUAAGGGCCAGCCAGCUGGCGAGCGGGCAGAGCUGGUGGCAUCUCAGCACCCAUCUGCACCCCUUGAGAUGGCCAUAGGCAGUGACGGCUCAGGCUGGAUGCCACCUGUGCCUCUGGGCGGACACAUGCUGGCCCCUAUGGAAAGCUACCAGCUGAAGAGGCGGAGAUCCCGGCCAGGACUGCAGCCCAUUGCCGAGGGACAGCCAGUGGACGCGGAGGAAGGGGGGCUUCCACUGCAAAGCUGCCUCCCAGGAGAGAAGGGGCUGGGCUCCGGUUGUGAUAAUGACACCCUGGUUUGGAGGCUUGGCGGCCCUGGUGGGGACACCUGGGUGCCAGGGACGGUUGAGAGAGGAGACGAGACCUGCAAGGAGGCCAGGCCCUCGCCGUCCGCCGCCGGAGCCGCCCCGGGCGCAGCCCGGCCUGGCGGGGGAAGCACGGAGGGAGCCCGCCGCCCCCGCGGGGAGCAGAAGAAAGCCCUGCUGAUCGCCGUCAGCACCGCUGUGGAUAAGAUUAUCGCCCACUUCAGCACCGCGCGGAACCUGGUGCAGAAGGCCCAGCUGGGAGACAGCCGGCUCAGCCCAGAUGUGGGUUACCUGCUGCUGCACACCCUCUGCCCUGCGCUUUACGCCUUGGUGGAGGAUGGGCUGAAGCCAUUCCAGAAGGAUGUUAUCACAGGCCAGAGGAAAAAUUCCCCCUGGAGUGUGGUGGAAGCCUCUGUGAAGACAGGCCCCAACACCCGCUCUCUCUACUCCCUGUGCUGGCACGUGGCUGGGCUGGCCCCUCUCAACAGCACCAGGCAGAAGUUUCAUGCCUUUAUCCUCGGCCUUUUGAACAUUAAGCAGCUGGAGCUGUGGAUCUCUCACCUGCAGAAGAGCCCAGGUGUAAUCUCCAUGCUGUAUUCACCCAUGGCCUUCUUCGCCCUGAGUCAAGGCCCUCUUCCUCACCUCGCUGAUGAACUGCUGCUGCUCAUCCAGCCCCUCUCAGUGCUGACUUUCCAUCUUGAUCUGCUCUUUGAACACCACCACCUCUCCGUCGAUGUAAGACCCUUGUCCUGUCGGCUGGAGUCAUCCCUGUCCCCUGCCCAUCACGCCGCUCAGGCUCGGGGGGCUGUGCAGCCUUCUCUGGAGGGCCAAAGCACUGCUGCAGGGGCAAGCCUGGAAGAUGAGAUCCCCCCUGAUAGCCUGGGGAGGGCAGCCGAUGCAGAGGACAGCACAAGGUCCCAGGCAGCUGUGCGCGGGCUGGUCCCUGGCCCCCAGGUGGGGGCUGCCCUGCAGCAGACCUUCCAGCACGUGCUGCGGUGGGGGGACCAGCUCAGUCGCACUUUCCUGGGAGCUGACAGCUCCCCAGAGAUCCACAGGCCUGAGGAAGGCCCUCGGGACACCGGGGCUGGCCUCAGUGGCUGGUGGGGCCAGCUGAGCCAGGCCUCCAGGGUUUAUGCUGCUCCUAGCAAGGAAAAGUUCCCCUUCAUCUGGUGGACAAGGCUGCGGACGGCGGCGGGGGAUUCCAGCCCUGGCCAGGCUGCGCGACCCCACGGAUCUGUGAAUGAGCCUAGAGGCACGGAGCUGCAGCUCCUUCAGACCAAAGCUGCCCCAGAACUCUCCAGUCCAAAGUCCAGCAGCAGUGCUGACACCUCUGCAACCUCUUCCCCUGAAGACCUCAUCCUGCCCGCUGGAGCUGGAGCACCCACCAAACCAGAUGAUCCUGCUUCUGGAGAGAAACUCCUGGGUGCUUCCCCAGAGCCUCGUGCGAAUAGGAACGGGGCAGCCCCUUCUGACACGGAGGCUGGGGGUCCUCUGUGUCCUGACAAGGGCAGCUGGCUGGGCCGGCUCUUUGGAGCCACCAGCCCCUCUGCCAGGAGCUUCCCUCCCAGUCCUGACACCGUCUCAGCUAGGUCCAGGAGACCCUCUAGCUGGCUGUCCCCCAGCACACGUGUCCUGGCCAUGAUGGUGAAGGGGCUGGCGUCUGAGAAGACCUGUGAUCAAGAAGAGCCGGAGGGGAAUGCAUCCAGUGUGCCCCAGACCCACAGGGCAGUUCGGGCGCUGUGUGAUCACACAGGCACUGCUGACGGUCACCUGAGCUUCCAAAAAGGGGACAUCCUGCAGCUGCUCUCCACUGUGGAUGAAGACUGGAUCCACUGCUGCCAUGGAAACAGCACUGGCCUAGUUCCUGUCAGCUACACAUCCCUGAUUUUGUGAGGAGGCGGAGGAGAUCUGAGGAAGCAGCUGAGCUUGCCGAAGCAGGUGUCAUUUCCAGGAAGGACCAUCUCCUGCCACUUCUUCACCACCUUCGGGGCCGGCGGUUCUGCAGGGGACCCUGCCCUGGUGCCCGUUGCUGCUGCUUGUUCGCAUGACGUUACCACCUGCUGUGGGUGCGUCCCGUGAGCCACCGCUGCGCAUGGCCCUGCAGAGCUGCUGGCACUUCGCUGUGGCCCCCGUUUGGGACCUGCUCUCACUCGUGUUUCCUCAGUUGCUGCCCACGCCUGUGCCAGGGCAGGGGAGGACCCUGUCCCUGCGUGGCGCUCACAGUUCUGUGUGUCGUCUCUGUGCCGUUGUGUCCUGCCACCACUGCCACCUCCAAGUGCCCUGCUUCGCCCCGUGGCUGGGGCUGGUGGCCAAGGCCACCUGUGCGCAGUCCCAGCACUCUGUAAAUACUUGUAACCACAGGAACGAGCUUAUUCCGGGGUGGGGGGUGCGAAAAAGCUGGAAAUAAAGGUUGUGACUCACGUG